CUGUUUUCUCUCUCAAACCUUCCUCUCUUUGUUCCUGUUGAAUACAUAUUUUUCUGCACCCACCAUCAGCCUUCAUUUCCCUCUCCUGUCUCUGUUUUCUUUCCAUUUCCAUCUUUGGCAAUGAAGACGACCUUUGAACAGUUAAACAUCACCACCAGCCUCAAACUUCAUGAAAAUGAAGGCAUGACCACCAACCAUAUCUAUGCAAAAGAGAAUUCUUAACCUGCCAGGACCUACUCAUUCUCUUUUAUUACUUCAAUGGAAGUGUUUGCAGACAUUGGUUCUCUCACCAUUAGUCCUAGCUACCUAGGAGUUUCAACAGCCUCUUCUUCAGGGGAGAGCUAUUACUCUAACAGCUUUCAGAAGGAUGGGGGAGCUUGUUGGGCUUUUCCUCCCAUACGCAGCUAUAAUAACAACAGCAAUAGUAGCAACGGCCACGACAACAACAACAACAACAACAACAUCAUCAACAACAAAGGCGCUGAGCGGGGUGAUGGGAAGGGCUCUUAUUCCAGUGAUGGGUAUGGAGAAGACAAUGCCCUGGAAGGGGAGAAUAGCCCAAAUGAAGAGAAUCCGAAGGAGCAUUCAAUGUGUGAGAAGGAAACAGACAGUGGGCAGUCCAAAUUCUGUGCCAGAGGCCAUUGGAGGCCUGCAGAAGACACCAAGCUCAAGGAGCUUGUAGCUCUUUAUGGCCCUCAGAACUGGAAUCUCAUAGCAGAUAAGCUGGAAGGAAGAUCAGGUAAGAGCUGUAGAUUAAGAUGGUUUAACCAGUUAGACCCCAGGAUCAACAGAAGAGCUUUCAGUGAAGAGGAAGAAGAGAGGCUAAUGGCAGCUCAUAGAUUGUAUGGUAACAAAUGGGCUAUGAUUGCUAGGCUUUUCCCUGGUAGGACUGACAAUGCAGUCAAGAACCAUUGGCAUGUGAUCAUGGCUAGGAAAUACAGGGAGCAGUCCAGUGCUUAUAGGAGGAGGAAGCUGAGCCAAGCUGUUCAGAGAAGGUUGGAAGAGUCUUGCAGCUUUGGGUGCAAAGAUACACCUACAAGAACAGAAGCCACGUGUCUUAAUCUCUCUAGUUUCAGCAAGACACUUCUUCCAUUUGAUUCUGUCAUUCAUAUCUUAAAUGGUGGAGAAGAUUCAGCAGUGUCAAGCAACAGGGAUUUGUGCCGCGGUUCUACCACCAACAAGAAGCUCUCUUCCAGAGGUUCCAAGAACUAUGAUAAGACAGGCUUUUUCUGCAAGAGCAGGCUUUGGGAUGGGCCAAAAGAUGAUGACUCUUUCAAAGGAUAUUACCACCACCAACCUCUAUUGAAGAUGGCACAGCCAAACCAUUUCUCUGACUCCACUGCAUCAAAAUCCCAAAUUUUAGCCACUGAUUCAUCACCAGCCGUAGAGAAAGGAGUAAACAGCCAUUUCGAAACCCCCAGUUCAUCACCACCAUUCAUUGAUUUCCUUGGAGUUGGAGCUACAUGAUGGUGUGACCCAUGAAGGGAAAAAGCCUAUAUACUGACUAGAGAUGAAAAAAGAGUUCAAAGAGUUUUUCAGUUGGGUGGCUAGAACAUCGUAUUCAGCAAAAAUACUUAAGAAGAACCUCCUCUUUUUCUUUUUUCCCUUCCAAUGUAACACCAUACCACCCUUGUAUGGAAGCUUUUUAAAGGUAAAAGACUAAAAGACAUUUGGGUGAAAUUACUAAAUAUGCAUUACAUUUUCUUUUU